ACAACCCUUCUUUCUAUUUCUAAUUGUUUUUAUGUAUUAUUGUUAGACAUCAAGGCAUUAUUUCAAGGAAAAAAAAAUGUCAUGGUUGAAGGGUUUCUUGAUCUUCUUGAUGUUGAGUCUGUGUGUGUCAUCGGAAGACAGCAUGCAAUACGAGUACUUGAAGGUUCCGGCAAGUGAGUUUGUGAGCUCCAUAAACACGAUUGUGGAAGUAAUAAGACAAGUGAGUUCGAUUUUGUCUCCCUUUGCGGAAUUCAGUGGAGAUCGUCGGCUCCAGAAUGCGGUUUCCGAUUGCCUGGAUCUGCUCGAUUUUUCUUCAGAGGAGCUGAGUUGGUCUGCUUCUGCUUCUGAGAAUCCAACUGCAGGGAAGGGAAACGGAACAGGGAACGUGGGAUCGGACACAAAGACAUGGUUAAGUGCUGCUCUCUCCAACCAAGACACUUGCAUGGAAGGCUUCGAUGGUACCUCUGGCCUUGUCAAAUCCCUUGUCGCUGGCAGUCUCGAUCAACUAUACUCUAUGCUUAGGGAUCUGUUACCACUUGUGCAACCCGAUCAGAAACAGAAGCCCAUUUCUAAACCUGGCCCAAUUGCUAAAGGACCAAGGGCCCCACCAGGCCGGAGACUUAGAAACACCAAAGACAACGAAAGCCGUCGAUUCCCAGACUGGGUCAGAUCGAACGAUCGGAAACUGUUAGAAACAAACGGUGUGAGUUACGACGUUAGUGUAGCAUUGGAUGGGACUGGCAACUUCACCAACAUAAUGGACGCUAUUAAGGAAGCUCCUGAUUACAGCUCGAAACGUUACGUAAUAUACAUCAAAAAAGGUUUAUACUUGGAGAAUGUUGAGAUCAAGAAGAAGAAAUGGAACCUCGUAAUGUUAGGUGAUGGCAUUGACGUGACUAUCAUUUCCGGUAAUCGCAGCUUUGUCGACGGUUGGACCACCUUCCGAUCCGCUACAUUCGCUGUAAGCGGAAGAGGAUUCUUGGCGAGAGAUAUAACGUUUCAGAACACAGCGGGGCCAGAGAAGCAUCAGGCAGUAGCGUUGAGGUCAGACUCUGACCUGUCUGUGUUCUACAGAUGUGCGAUGAGAGGUUACCAAGACACACUUUACACGCACACCAUGCGUCAGUUCUACCGCGAGUGCACCAUCACGGGAACGGUAGAUUUCAUAUUUGGGGAUGGGACCGUUGUGUUUCAAAACUGUCAAAUUUUGGCUAGGAGAGGUCUCCCUAACCAAAAGAACACCAUCACCGCACAAGGCCGCAAAGAUUUCAACCAACCCUCAGGAUUCUCAAUUCAAUUCAGCAAUAUCUCGGCGGACGUGGACUUAGUUCCAUACCUAAACACGACACGCACGUAUCUAGGAAGGCCAUGGAAGCAAUAUUCAAGGACUAUAUUCAUGAGGAACAACAUGAGCGACGUUGUGAGACCCGAAGGAUGGCUCGAGUGGAACGCCGAGUUUGCUUUGGACACACUCUUCUACGGAGAGUUCAUGAACUACGGUCCUGGUUCAGGGCUCAGCAGCCGAGUCAAAUGGCCUGGUUACCACGUGCUCAACAACUCGGGCCAGGCUUACAAUUUCACCGUUUCUGAGUUCAUUAAAGGAAAUCUUUGGCUCCCUUCUACUGGAGUAACGUUUACUGAUGGCUUGGGCAUCUAAAUAUGGCUCAGUGUAAUUUGUAUUGUCAAUUUUUUUUGUUUUUCAGUUUUUUUUUUCCCAGAUACUGUUCUUUUAUGUUGGUGUAUUGUGAUUUUACGGUUUUGACAAAUAUUGUUACAUCAGAAAUAUAUUAUCGGGCCAUUAGGUCAUAUUAGUUUAA